AUGAAUAUCUCAGAUUUGAAUGCACCUGCAACACCACCCUAUGAUUAUCAAAACCAUGCCACAAACACAAACAACAAGAAUUUCCAAGAUUUGUUUUUCGAUCAGCCAUCUCGCCACAGUAGUGAAAGCAGUAGUGAGCAUAGCAGCCACAGCGUAGCUAGUGAUGCUGGUAACAACGGCAGCAGUGAAACAACUCAUAGUGCAUUUCGUCGUGUGUCACCCAUGUCGAUGCCCUCACCACCUGAACUGUUGAUUGACUCAUCUGAAGACGAAGACAACUUUACAUACAGUGAUGCAGCAAUGGCAUUAGCCGCCUCUCUUCCUCCAUCAUAUUUAGCGUCAUCGCAAACAUCGCCAUCAUCGCACUCAUCAUCAUACACUAUGCAUCACAAACGAAAAUCAGUACCUCAUCGAUCACCAUCGAACAUUGUGGAUCACAAAAGUGUUGUAUUUCAAAUCAGCGAUAACUGUACUCCUAAAAUCCUCGGUGGUGGUAAUCGUGGAGUCCUUUGGUCUCUGCGUCAACGUGUUUCUAUGGCUAGACAAUCUAAGAGAUCGACCCGUAGCUACAACUACAAGAAUAGACUCUCGGCGCCUCAUCCUCAAAGACGCGUGAGACCUAUGCGAAUCCAGAUACCCAGACCUCAAUGGUUCAGAGACAAUGCCUUAUAUGAUGAUCUUGUCUCACCUGUAAACAAUGAUUGGCAAUCAAAGAAAUCUAUUCAACCUAUCGUCAUUGUACCAACUAGCAAUUUGGAAUCUCUCGCUCCUGCUGCUUCAGUGAAUAUGACCACGACCGGUGCCGGUGCUACUACUACUACAUGGCAAUCGAACACCAAGAAAACACACUUCGCCGCCGAGCGCAAGAAAUCUGCAGCUGUUACAAACGGUGCGUCUGUUGCUACCGCUGACUCUGCUGCAACACCCCGUCGUAAAAGCUCCCAUCAUACUACUUCUGGUCGUCCAUCUCGUGUAAAGGGACCUUGCCAAGCAUGUAACGAAACAUCUGAUGGCUGUAUGCGCAAAGCCUUCAACUGGCCUUUUCCCACAAGUACCAUCUUCAAUGAUAAAGGAAAGCCUUUUGUCUAUCUUUGCAACAAGUGUGGUCUCCGUUAUAACAAGAGUGGUGGCUGUGUAUGUCGCAACUGUCGCUGGGUUCUCUGUAAAGAAGAGAAGCGCAAGGCAAUGCAAUUGAUAGAUCAAAUGCGUCGCUCCCGUCCUGAUGGCAGAGUUGAUCCUGAAGAAGAUAUCGAAAACUUUGUAUGUACGCCCAAAUAUUGGAACUGUAGCCGCCCUUGGAAGGUUGGAUGGGUCUUGAACAGUCAGCAUGAUGAUGAAGAUGAUGAAGACACAAAUAUGGCAGAUCAACAACAACAAUCCCCUUCUAUGAGCGAAGCUACUCUUUAG